UAAACAGAGGCAAUGGGAAGGGAAAAUCUUCUUGAGCGUCUUCAUAUAAAUGCUGGCAGUACAUGUACACGAUACUGUUGAUUCGGUCUUGUUCAAACCGACAUCACAUAGCGACCAUCAUCAUGCAGCACGUAUUAUUGGUGUUUGCAUUAUUCGGCUGCGUUUUAGGACAAUACGGUGCAUUUCGCGGUUUCCCAAGUCAAAAUGCUUAUCGACCGACGCCUAGGCCAACCUAUCAACCAACAAUACAACCGCAAUAUACACCUCAGUAUAAUCCUGGAAGGUUCAUAGCCAUACGUAAUCAACAAAAAGAUACCUAUCCAGAUGGAACUUAUACAUUUAGCUACGAUACUGAAAAUGGGAUUUCAGUUGCCGAAAGUGGACGACCUCAAGGUACUCCGCAGGGACAGAGCGAGGUUGUCCAAGGAAGAUAUUCAUACACUGCACCGGAUGGAACUCCUAUCACUCUGGAGUACACAGCGGAUGAGAACGGUUUCCAUGCACAAGGUGCACAUUUACCAACUCCCCCUCCCAUUCCAGAAGCAAUCAGACGAGCUCUUGCUGCUAAUCCACCUGGACCCGAUAAUUCGGAUUAUAGACAACCAUAUAAUCCGAAUCUUUACCGAAGAUAUUAAACACUAACUAACCAAAUGAUUCUUAUAAAAAUUUCUAAGCUUGUAUUUAAUCUUUAUUGCCCUACGAUCCGAUCAAAUGUACAUAUAUAUAUACAUAACAAAAGUACCAAAAUUUGAAACUAUAUAAUAGUCAUUAUACGAUAGAUAAAUAAACCUUUUUAUCCUCUCUCACUA